CUACGGUGUGGCCUCGCGGGCUCGCGGUAUUUCAUUUUUGUGUUCGAAGUCGAGAGUGCCGAGCUGAGUGCUGCGAAGAUAAUGUUUGUUUUUUCGCCCGUGCAGUUCGAAGUGUCAUUGUAAAUGGAAUAAAUGCGAAAAAGAGCGGAAGAAUUGUGAAGCUAAAGCAGGUUAUGUAAAAAUAAAAUCGGAAGGAGACAAACGCUCUGGAGUUUUGUGUAACGGAAUCAAAAUUUCAAAUUCAACCUCGACCAUUUUUGAGUGCAGGAGCAAGGGGAGGGGAAAAAAUAGUUUUUAUUUGGGGGGCCUGUCGCCAUAUUGUCAGAGUGAUUUUAACGCGACUCUCUUCCGUGUUCUGUACACUGUGACGUUGCAGGUGCCGGUUUUCAUCAAAGAGUUGUACGCGCGUAUAAAUUUAUACACGUAAACACGUAACACACGCAUGCGAAAUAUUCAAAUGUCGCGUCGUCGCGAACGUGACUAACUUCUUUGGUUGCUGCGCGACGUCAACGUAUAUAUUCAUUAGGAGCUACAAUAAUACAUCAAAGCCGGUGCAACGAAAAGUAAACAUAAUUGAGCAACACACACGGUUGGAACGAACAGUAAAUGUUUGUUCAAAUUUCCUCGUUAUUUUAACACUGAAUACGGAAUUCGGAACAUUUGUGUACGGGACGCCAUAAAAUUUCGUGAAUCACAACAAGUGCACUACGACGCCCCCCUCUCCCUCGCGACGUCGUAAGUCGAGAAAAAUAUUCACCGGCAAAGUAGAGCCAUAAUUGGAUCACGCAAUCCCGUGUCGUUUCCACAAUGAACUCGAAAAACUAAAAGGGGAUUUUCCCCUUCCGCUGCUGCUUCGCCUCCUCAGGAAGUGAAAAAUCUUUUUUUCUCACGAGGGCAAUGCCACCUUACGAGAUCUUGAAAAUGGAAGGAAGAAGGAAAAAACAUGAUGGUGGAUCUCAUGAUAUACAGGAGAAAAUUGUUGUCCUUGAGUGGUCGUUACAGUGAUUGUGAGAGAAACGGGAAAAAGAAAAUUUCAAAUGCACGCAGACGACGUUACGGGUCACCUUUCACUCGGCCACGAGUCGCAGUAUCGCCUUGAUCGGUUCUUUUACGCUUAGCGUAGUAAAACCUGUCAUUUUUCUCCCCACACCAUACGUGGGUCAAUAGUUUUGAUAAAAUACUGGUUUUACAGAAACGUGUGUGCGGGUGACUAAACUGGCGCAAAAAAUCCGCAAUCAUUUUUUUAAAUUGACGUUCGUUGUAAAUACUAAAUCUACAGCACACCUGCAACUCGAAGAAUCGCGAGAAAAAAAUGAUUGUGAGAAAAUGCAAUCAAAAGGAAUUUAACGCGCUAUAGUGAAUGUGCUUUGUAAUGAAAAUAAAUCAGCGCAAAAGAUCGUACCAUAUCGAAGCGAAUUGUCGUUCGCACACUGUAGUGCGUUGACCGCCAGAGGGAAUUCGUGCGCAUUCGAGGAGCGGGGGGGGAGAAAAAAGGGUCCGGCCCCCACCACUCGUUCAGCACGUUUGCGCGCUAACUGUACUCAACGAUAUAUCUAUAUUUAUAAAUAAAUACAUAAAAAUACGUGAAUAUAUAUGUACAGACAUAUUUAUAUUCUACGAUCGUGUAUACGAAAGAAAUACGCGAAAGGUGCACGAUGUAGCGUGUGUGCAGAGGAGAGUAUAAAAGAUAAGUUCGAACUCAGGCUGACCUGACCCACAUUAAAAAUUUGGUCUCCGCGAUCGAGGACACCGUGCCAAGUAUUAUUACGCCAAGCAGGAAACAGGAAGGGGGCGUGUUUUUGGUAGCGAAUAAAAUCGGUCGCGAAAAGACGAGGCGCGAACGCGGAAGCAGGCGCGACGGUGAAUUUUGUUGAAAUGGGACGCGGUCAGGCCCGCAGUUGAAAUAAGCCGCCAUGUCAAAUAAAAAUAAGGUCCAGCAGCCGCAGCAGCCUCAGCAGCAGCAGCAACAACAACAACAGCAACAAGCUCAGGGACAUCAUCAACAUAUAAGCUCGAGUCACGUGAUCGGCAAACCGGGAGAGCAACAAGUGCCGCCGCAGUAUCAACCCCCGCCCCAACCAACAGUUGGCAUUCUCAAAAAUCAUCCCCAUUUCGGCGCCGUGAACGGCCUCCCAACGAGCCUCACCCCAACUGCCGUUGGCUUAGCUCCGAACACAUUGAAUCAUCAACAACAACAACACAGCCAAGUACUCAGAACAGCAGCCGCUGCUGCUGCCGCCGCAGCUGCGGCCGCGAUCGCCGCUAAAGAUGCCCACGGAAAAUAUUCCGGUAAUUUAGAUAAUCAACAAAACAACGGCACCAAUAACAAUUCCAAAAGCUCCAGCCACCCUUACAUCCCCCCGAAAAUUAACAGCGGACAAUAUCUUCCUCCCAACAGCCAAUAUCCCACUGCCAUUCCUAUCACUGUUCCACGACAACGCAUCACCGACGACGAACUCUUGCGUCUCGGACCCGUGGAAAUGCUCAAAUUCGUCAGAAAAACCGAGAGUGAUAUUGCCAGGGUUGCCGCUGAACAAAAUCGUCAAAUACAGAGCCUGCUCAGCGAACUAAGAUCGUUGAAAGAAGCGAAUCAACGGCUGAGCGACGACAACCAAGAGCUGCGGGAUUUGUGUUGCUUUUUGGACGACGACCGUCAAAAAGGCAGGAAACUGGCGAGAGAGUGGCAAAGAUUCGGGCGUUAUACGGCGAGUGUAAUGCGUCAAGAAGUUUCUGCUUAUCAAAACAAAUUGAGACAGUUGGAUAACAAACAACAAGAAUUAAUAAAAGAUAAUUUAGAACUGAAAGAAUUGUGCCUGUAUCUCGACGAGGAGCGCGGCGGGGGACAGCGGGACGACGGCGAUGGCUCGAGCUCGAGCACCAAUGCCGAAGAAUCUGCACCCUCCAGAUCUGCCAGACACACUUCCAUGUUUAACGAUCAAACGAUGCAAUACGUGAGGAGUUUGGAGCAAAGGGUAAAACAGCUGGAGGAAGAUAAAAGUGCGUUGCAGGCUCGCGCCCAGACUUGGGAGUCACAGCCCGGCGAAGUUUGGGAAAAUCCGGGAAGUCCGACCGACACUAAUUUGGGUGGUCGUCCGGAGGCUGUAGUAAGGGCUCUUCAAGUUCUCGAAGUAAGGGAACAGCUCGAGAGGGAAGCAGGUCACGAUGGGGAAAAAGCACUCGUUCGUGAAAUGUGUAACGUUGUCUGGCGAAAACUCGAGGAGGGACCUCAAACCAGGCGUUGAAAAAUUCACGGCGAAGCUCAACUCUGUUUUUUGGGAAAUCAGGAAACAAAAAUCUGCGGCUUUGUGACAUUAAAAGGAUUCUCAAUCUCAUCAAAAAUCUUGAGCGUAUGCAGCGGAAAUUUUGAUCAGACGUUUCCCUGGCAAUUCAUGGGAAUCGAGCUUAUUUUUAUUUUCGAAAAUUUUUUCGUCUGAACUUGUACAAAAACAUAUUCUUGCCAUGAAAAAAUGCUUCGAAAACUUUCAAUUUUCAUUGACUGGAAUUUGAGGAAAAUCCUAAUUUCCUUUUCUCUGUAUACGCCACAUUUUUUUCACUGAAAAUUGGGUUUUUAUAUUGGCACGUGUUUUACACGUUGUUUUCAUCCCAUUGCCUUGUAGUAUUAUUUUUCUGUAUACAUAUCCAGGUUUAGUGCAUUGUAAAAAUGUUACAAAUUUCUUAGAUUAUUUGUUCAGAGAUAACUUUAGUGUUUUUCAUUCAUAUUUAUAUCAAUGAAUCUCUUUAUAUUUGUAUAUAAUAUACAGCAUAAAUGAAUCAAUUAUUUUAUUAGUUUUUAGGCAUCGAAUUAUUUUCUGUAGUCGGGCGAUAGAAAUCUAUUUAUACAGACUAUUUGUAGCGCCAUCUUGCCUUCCAUAGCACAUUGUUAAUAAAUUUUUAUUUUCAUUAAAGUUUA